AUGUCUCACGACACCGAGAGGGACACAGGGAGGGACACAGGGAGAGACACAGGGAGGGACACAGGGAGGGACACCGAGAGGGACACCGAGAGGGACAGAGGGAGAGACACAGGGAGGGACACAGGGAGGGACACAGGGAGGGACAUUGGGAGGGACACUGAGAGGGACACAGGGAGGGACACUGGGAGAGACACAGGGAGGGACAUUGGGAGGGACACCGAGAGGGACACCGAGAGGGACAGAGGGAGAGACACAGGGAGGGACACAGGGAGGGACACAGGGAGGGACAUUGGGAGGGACACCGAGAGGGACACAGGGAGAGACACAGGGAGGGACAUUGGGAGGGACACCGAGAGGGACACAGGGAGGGACACAGGGAGGGACACAGGGAGAGACACAGGGAGGGACACUGGGAGGGACACCGAGAGGGACACAGGGAGGGACAUUGGGAGGGACAAUGGGUCUGCUCUACUGUUGUAA